GGUUGUGUAUCAGGGCCGAGGCCAAAAUUAACCUCACCAACUCAUCAGACGUGGCAAUGGUGUGAACACCGACCUGUAACGACCCUCGAGAUCGUUUUAAAACACAGCUGAAUGCAUUUCGACUUGUAAAUGAAAGUAUUUGGGUCGUGAAGACAAUUGUCAACGAUGCAGUUCUCUCCUUCCAACGGAGAUUUUACAUUCGUCUCUUCCACUGACGCUGAAGAGCUCAGUGGUACAAUUGAAGCCCCAGACAUUAAACUCAGUAUGGGGAGUGAGCACCCCAGGGAUGCGUAUGCCACAACGUUUCUGAGGCAGCGGGGCUAUGGCUGGCUGCUUGAGGUGGAAGAGGAGGAUACAGAGGACAACAAACCGCUCCUGGAAGAGCUGGACAUUGACCUAAAGGACAUUUACUAUAAGAUCCGUUGUGUUUUGAUGCCCAUGCCGUCACUAGGGUUUAACAGACAGGUGGUGAGAGAUAACCCAGACUUCUGGGGACCACUGGCUGUAGUGCUCCUCUUCUCCAUGAUCUCCAUCUACGGCCAAUUCAAGGUUGUGUCCUGGAUUAUUACAAUUUGGAUAUUUGGAUCCCUGACAAUAUUUCUUCUUGCAAGAGUCCUUGGUGGAGAGGUGUCUUAUGGUCAAGUCCUUGGAGUGAUCGGCUAUUCGUUGCUCCCUCUCAUUGUCAUAGCUCCUCUGCUUUUGAUUAUUGGGAGCUUUGAUAUUGUCUCCACACUUAUAAAGCUGUUUGGUGUAUUCUGGGCUGCGUAUAGUGCUGCGUCGCUUCUUGUUGGUGAUGAAUUCAAAACAAAGAAGCCCCUCCUCAUAUACCCAAUUUUCCUCCUGUAUAUCUAUUUCCUCUCUCUAUAUACUGGUGUCUGACUGGAUACCUUGUUAAAUAAGGCACGUUGCAUGGACAUUGACACAAAGCACCGUGAGGAGGGCAUACCAGAUGAUUCAUCACUCAGUGCAAAC